UUGGAAGUCCGUGUAAUAAAGACAGACCGUGCAAAUCUGAAGGGUCGCACUAAUAGUCAUCAUGAAUUACAAAUUACGUCGCACCAAGACCGUUGUGGCAAUCGUUGCCAUAUGUAUGGGGUGCAUUGUUGUCUCCCUGAAUCGACAUCACAUUCUAGAUUUAAUUACAACAGAGGCGCUGGAUGGGAGCAAUGAUACCCGGCCUUAUGAGUGUUCUAACUGUUUUCCUCUAGACUUUAGAUUAAUGAUAACACCUGAUCGACUUUGUGACGGCGGUAGAGUCGACAUGCUUAUAGUUAUUUUGUCAUACGUCACUAAUAGGUUUGCCCGAGAUGCAAUCCGGUCCACAUGGGGGUCACUCUGCGUUUCACGAGAUUCCAACAUUCGUCUCGCUUUUGUUAUCGGUAACAAUCAAGACCAGGAAGAUAACGCAUUGUUGCUGAAAGAGAGUAGCGAAUUCCAUGACAUUCUCCAAGCAGACUUCCGGGACACCUAUAACAAUCUUACAUACAAAACAAUGACAGGAUUGAAAUGGGGUCACGAACGUUGCUCAAAUGCAAAAUACAUUAUGAAAACAGAUGACGAUAUGUUUGUUAACACAGAAAUAUUACCUAUUUUGUUGAAAGCUGCUCCGCGUAUUCAUUUCAUGGGAGGCUAUUGUUGGGGGCGCAAGGCUCCACUUAGACAGACUUCCUCGAAGUGGUACGUGUCUGUCAGGCAAUAUGGGAAACCCUUCUACCCACCUGUGUGCAGCGGCACUGGAUACAUGUUGUCCAGUGAUGUCGUUGGGCAAAUUGUAAAUGUUUCCAGGAAUAUACCAUUCUUUUACUUAGAAGAUGUAUAUAUCGCAUUUUGUGUUAACAAAGUUGGCGUUUCGCCAGUUAGUCUAACGGGCUUCUCAUACAAGUUUGUACCAUUUGUGCCUUGUGUGUACCGUAAUUCUGUUAUAACAUCCCAUCAUUUGACACCGGGGGUACUUAAAUAUUUUUGGACAAAAUCUAGGACUUGUGACCUGUCGAUGUUGAAGCCCGAACAGCUGUUCAAAAGCCGACGUGUUUAA